GCGUGGCCAAGAUGGUGCGCCACGCCCCCUCUUUCCCAAUUCCCCUCCACUCCCGGGUCCCAUUGGUCACUUCGAUGUCCAAUGAGCGCAUGGAUCAAGGUCCUACUCCCGUCUGACUCGAAAGCUCCUGCCAAAACUUUGGGAGUUUUUAGAGAGGAGUUUUUUUGUUUUGUUGUUUUUUUUUUGUUGUUGUUGUUUUUCUUAAUACUUUUUUUUUUAAACUAACGGGUCAUUAUUGUUGUUUUAAAUUUAGCUCUUCGGGCUUAGCUGUUUGGGUUUUUCUUUCGGUGUCGGGCCUCGGUCUCCCCGGCGUCCCCGGAGUAUCUGAGCCGCUGCUGAGCCCCUCGCUCGCCCCCAUCCCGCGGGCUGCGCGGCCGCCGCGUCGCCUCGCCAGCCAGGCCCGGGUCCGGGCGGUGACCGUCGCCUCCGCCCUCGGUGGCCUUGGGGCGCUCCGGCCCGCCCUCUGGCCAGUCCGGGUGGAGAAGCGAAAGCGGAUCUUCCCCGGCUGGGCCGCCUCUCCCAGCGACCCACCCACUCACCCAGUCCCGCCGGCGGCUCAGCCCGCCAGGAUGUUCGCCGCCGGGCUGGCUCCGUUCUACGCGUCCAACUUCAGUCUCUGGUCGGCCGCCUACUGCUCCUCCGCGGGUCCCGGCGGCUGCUCUUUCCCCUUGGACCCCGCGGCGAUCAAGAAACCGUCCUUCUGCAUCGCCGACAUCCUGCACGCCGGCGUAGGGGAGCCGGGGGCGGCUGCCGAGGGACUGGUGGGGGCCUCGGCCGCCGCCCUCACCGCGCACUUGGGCUCGGUUCACCCGCACGCUUCCUACCAAGCCGCCGCCAGAUCCCCGCUCCGUCCCACCCCGGUGGUGGCGCCCACGGAAGUCCCAGCCGGCUUCCCGCAGCGCCUGUCUCCGCUCUCGGCCGCCUACCACCACCAUCACCCACCGCAGCAACAGCCGCCACCGACGCCGCAGCAGCCGCAAGCCCAGCAGCCUCCACCCCGGCCCGGAUCCCUGCAGCCCUCGGCUUCAGGGACGCGGGUGGUCCCCCACCACAGCGGCCCCACCCCGACCCCCUCCAGCAAGGACCUCAAAUUUGGAAUUGACCGCAUUUUGUCUGCAGAAUUUGAUCCCAAAGUCAAGGAAGGCAAUACGCUGAGAGAUCUCACAUCUUUGUUAACUGGUGGGCGCCCCACCGGGGUGCACCUCCCAGGCCUGCAGCCCUCCGCAGGCCAGUUCUUUGCCUCUCUAGAUCCCAUUAACGAGGCAUCUGCCAUCCUCAGUCCCUUGAGUUCCAACCCGAGAAAUUCAGUCCAGCAUCAAUUCCAAGACACGUUUCCAGGUCCCUACGCUGUACUCACUAAGGACACUAUGCCUCAGACUUACAAGAGGAAGCGCUCCUGGUCCCGUGCGGUCUUUUCCAACCUACAGAGGAAAGGCCUGGAGAAAAGGUUUGAGAUACAGAAGUACGUGACCAAGCCAGACCGAAAGCAGCUGGCAGCGAUGCUGGGCCUCACCGAUGCACAGGUGAAAGUGUGGUUCCAGAAUAGGCGGAUGAAGUGGAGGCACUCCAAGGAGGCCCAGGCGCAGAAGGACAAGGAGGCGGGUGAAAAGCCUCCGGGUGGAGCUCCGGCUGAGGCUGAAGGAGAGCCGGAGGAGAGGAGCCCAAGCCGCUCGGAGGGCGAGGCGGAGACCGAGAGCAGCGACUCCGAGUCCCUGGACAUGGCCCCCAGCGACUCGGAGCGGACUGACCGGCUCGAGCGAUCUCUGCACCAAACCACGGUCAUCAAGGUCUCGGCCUCCGGCGCCCUCAUCCCGGCCAGCAGCGGGGCGAGUGGCGCGGGCAGCGGCGGCGGCUUCAGCUUCGGCAGCGUGGGGAGCAGCACCGCCGGCAGCCUUGGCAACAGCUGCUCGGAGAUGCCCGCGGCGUCCCAGGCUUCGGUCACCAGCAACCCCCAAAGCCCCGAGACCGCCCAAGCCCCGCUUGGAGGCUUGUAGACUGGACCGAGGGGCUGGAAGCGCUGCGUGCAGUUUUCCCAACGCCACUGGAUUUUGUGCCUACUUUAUGUUGGUGGCCCCGGCCGGUCGGAGACGCAGGUGGUAGCCUCCUCCCGGUUCACCCCACUCCUGUUGCUGCCUGAGGCCCACGUCGCCCAGAAUAAAAGGGAGUUUCUGGGGCCUCAACAAAGACUACCGUGCUAAAUCGAACACUUCUUUCCGCCCCAAGCAGCUCACACUGAAGUGUUUGAUUGAACUGUUCAUCUGGGCAUCAGGGGUGUAAGAACGUGGUGCACUUCGAAAGCCCUAAACGUGUAAAUAAAAUGUUUACUGUGGUU